AUGCAGCGAACGGUAUCCGAACCACUACCGCUAGGAGUCAACGGCCGACCGAAUAAGGAUGAUAAGUCACCCCCGAGGGCAGCAGUGCCGCCUGCUCCUGUUGGACCAUGUCAAGUUUGUGAAAGGCAGCUCCCGAGGCUCACAUGUAAAGAUUGUACACGGGAUAAAAUGUAUCCCCUUCGGUAUGAGAUUAUCUCGGUGCUCAUAGGGAAUGAGAAGCUUGAAAUAGAAGUUGAGGAGGGUGCAUCUAAUGGCUCGGCAUGUGGGAAGUUCUCAGAAGCUUUAAUGGAGAAGCAAGAGCUUGAGAACACAAUCACGGGCAUACAAGACAGAGUCGAUGAGCUUCGAACAGAACUGGAGGAGCAUCGCAAGUACCUCACAGACUUGAAGUUAAAGAACCAAAAACGACAACAACUACUCAAGGAGACACGAAACGUAUUAUUUCAAAACAAAGAUAUCCUCGUGGAAAAAGUCCGAAAGGAUACCAGGGUGACAAACACGAAGUGGAACGCUCUCUACGAAAGGACAGCCGAGUCUCGAGUUUUCCUGUGCCGUGAAAUCGCCGGCCUCAACUUGUUGCGACAGAGACGGAAGAAACGGGCUGUCGAAUACAUGCUCAACGGUGUGGUUAUUCCCGACAUCCGACAAAUUUAUAACAUGAAUCCGAACAACAUAACAGUUGCCCUCGGUCACCUGUCCCACAUGUCGGUGUUGAUAGCUACUUACCUGGGUCUGAAGCUUCCCUGUGAGGUUCUUCUACCGAUACGUGAUGCUCCAUCGCCCUCAAUCCGAAACCCACGUUUUAAUAGAGCACGACCGUUGUCCACAACCCAACCUCUCCCUCAACUGCAUUCCGUGGAUUCGGAACAAUAUGCAAUGUUCAUCGAGGGAGUCAGCAUGCUGGUAUACAACGUAGCCUGGCUUUGUUGGAGCCAGGGUCUUGAGGAAGCAGCGGCCGAAAUCGAGGAUGUAUGGCAGCCUGGCAGGAAUAUGUAUCGUUUACUACUCUGUACACCGACGAAACACCAUCAAGCGCUCGUCCAAUGGAGCGAAGCCACGCAAGAAGCAAUCACCGCGACUCCUCUUCCUCAGGGAAAGAAACCGCAAGCUGUCAACAUGUUUCUUGGCCGUGUGAACCACAGCUCUGCGCACUCAUUCCUAAACUCGCCACAGGGAUUACAACAUAUGGCACGCUGGAAGAUCACUCUUAAUAAUGUAAUCGAUCGCACGAAACAUUUGCUUGUUAGUGAAACCUCGAAUGCGGAGUGGGAUCUAAUUGAAAACGAGAUCGAGGAAGACCCAGCUGCCAAGUUUAUAAGUGAACUCGGCGAGUUUAGGGAGGAUGAUAAAGGGAAAGAUGGAUUAGCAGGGAGUCCACAGCCUGCUAAGGCGAUCCCGAUUAGUAUCAAGAAGGGAGUAAUCGGAUCUAUUCCUGCAGUUGGAAACGGAAGUCCUGGUGUAGGGAGCCCAAGUAGCGGGAGCGGGAAGAGAAGCGCCAUUAAUGGCGGAACCGAAGUAUCAGCCGGAUGGACAAAGUUGAAGAGGUGA